CAGCAGCAGCAGCAGCAGCAGAGGCGAGCUGUGAGGACGACACGCUCUGCAGUCAAGAUGAGUGCCGGGGAUGUGGUCUGCACCGGCUGGCUCAUUAAAUCCCCCCCGGAGAAAAAGCUGAAGAGAUUUGCAUGGCGAAAACGCUGGUUCGUGCUCCGAAGAGGCCGCAUGAGCGGCAAUCCGGACGUGCUGGAAUACUACCAAAGCAAGAACUCCAAAAAGCCGAUCCGGACCAUCGACCUGAAGGAGUGUGAGGUGGAGAUGCCGGACGGGCAGCUGCGGAUCAAGAGGGACUUCCACGGGAAGCACCUGUUCGUGGUGAAAACCUCGUCGCGGGUUUUCUACCUGCUCGCCAAAACAGAGGAGGAGAUGCACAGCUGGAUCAAAAGCAUCGAUCAGAUUUGCCAUUUCAGGAGCCCGGAGGAGGCAGAGAGCUCAGAGGAAGGAUCUCUGCCCACCCCCAUCUCCAUUCAGCCAUCACCUGACAGCUCCGACAGAGCAUCGGUAGCAAGCCAGCCGGAGUCCAGUCCUCCGCAGGACUACCUCAUCCUCUCACAGUGCAAGACAGGAAGUGUGAGCAUCAACGGCUGCGACAGCUUCUCGACCUCUGACAUCUCCCUGGAGCAGAAGUCGUUGGACGACACCAUCAGGGAUCUGUGGACCGAAUCCUCCUCUUCCUCCAUCUCCCACCUGAGCCAGUCCCCCUGCGCCCACAGAGUGCCCAACUCCCCCUUCAGCGCCCCCUGCUCCUUCUCAGUGCUCCCGUCCUCUUCCUCGUCCCCGCUGCGUCCGUGCGUCACCGACGUCUUCCAGUUUGACCGGCCCUUCUCCUGCGCCUCCUUCGAAGCUGCUGGCGAGUUGCAGACCCCGCCACCCCUGCCCCCCAAACCGUGUCACCUGUCGGAGCAGCAGGGUGAUGGAGGUGCUCCCAGGUCCAGGUCGACUAGCCUCCAGCAGUUCCCGGGAAAUAUUCCCUUGUUUUCAAGACGAACUUCCCUGUCAGGCUUGGACCAUUUAAGAAGAGGCAAUAUUGAGAACAGAGUCAUCAUAAACCGGAGGCAAAGUGUGAAUCUGCCUUGUUUAAACGACACACAUGUCCAAAGCUACCAGGAUGAGUCAUACGUCCCCAUGACUUCCCCUUCAGCUUCAACUGCUGAGUGUGAUGGUUACAUCCCCAUGAGCCCGAGGACACUCACCUUCCUUAGUUCAAACUGCAGCGUGGAGUCUUCCCCUUCUCUCAGCUCCCUCACAUGUCAGCCGGCAGAGUUUGUCCCACCUCCAGUUCACCGGCACCUCAAGCCCCGCCCCAGGAAAGUUCGACCUCCACCUCUGGACCUAACAGGCCUGUCUACCAUCACCGAAUGCCCGACUCAUCUUCCCAUCAGCAGAACAAAGACCCAGCCGUGCUUUUCGGGGAACCACUCGUCAUUUGACUACAGACUUGAAAACGGAGAAACUCCAAGAGAUGAGCCGGGGAACCGCUCUGCAAUGGAAUCAAGGCAUUCGUUCUGCCUCCCCUUUGAUGGAGCGAGUCAGUACGGCAUGAGUUCACCCUCUCGACUUGACUACCUGUCACUGGACUUUAAUUCUGCAACCCCUUCGCCUGUGCAGAAGAAGCCAUUCCUGUCUGAUGAAUACCGAGUGGAUUAUGUUCAGGUGGACGAGAAGAAGACUCAGGCUCUCCAGAACACCAAGAUGGAAUGGACCGAUAACAGGCUUUCAAAAACAUGAGAGGAGAAUCCAACAAAUGUCCAUCAUUGAAGACCAAAAACUGUUUAAAGCACUUUGAAAACAGCAGUUAAAAAAAGAAAAGAAUUUGAAGCACACUUAUGCUCUCAAUCCACGGUGGAGAUGCAAAUGUUGCACUGUUUUAAAUGAACUUUACGGAAACAGAAAUGUGCAUACUACCUGAUGAGGCAUGAUUCACUGUGAUUUGUCCUGCUCACUGUAGCAUGAGUUUCAACAGAGUUAAAAAAGACCAAUAUGCUGUAACUUAUGUACAUGUAUUAUGUGUAAAUAAAAUCCAAUACAUACGUUUUUUUUUA